CUUGGGAGUUGCAACUGCAUAUAUAAUCUAACGGCCCAGGAAUUCUAGUACUGCAACUGUUGAAAUUCAGGCCCGUUAGAUUCCCGCCGUUGUAACAGAAGGCAGGUAGAUGAAUUUAGGUUGGAAUCUUUAACCUCUUGUGUUGGUUCAGCAAACUAUCUCUACCCAUCUCCCAUUCUUGCCCUCUAAACAUUCCCUUUCCACCAAAUAUUGAUCCUCACCACUUUCCCAGUUGAACCCUCUUUUUUGUUGACUAUAAUUUCCACUACUUUUAAUUGCGAAGUUGUACGCAGCAUUUCUCUUGCUCGGCCUUAAAAAACCAAAAAGUUCAUGCAACAAUAUGAAGUUGUACGUAGCAUUUCUGGCAUCUCUAAUUCUUCUUCAAGUUGUCUUUUUCAAAGGAUAUGACUGCAAAGCUGUGCAAUUCAUCUUUGGGGACUCCCUUUCGGAUGUGGGCAACAACAACUUUCUAUCCAAGAGCCUUGCUAAGGCAAACCUUCCCUGGUAUGGUAUUGAUAUGGACAGCGGGCUGCCUAAUGGGAGGUUCUCUAAUGGCAGAACGGUUGCAGAUAUAGUAGGCGAUAAGAUGGGACUUCCAAGGCCUCCUGCAUUCAUGGAUCAAUCAUUAACUGAAGAUGUUAUCUUAGACAGUGGAGUGAAUUAUGCCUCUGGAGGUGGUGGGAUUCUGAAUGAGACGGGUUCUUUGUUUAUCCAGAGAAUUUGCUUCUACAAACAAAUCGAGUUGUUUCAAGGAACACAAGAACUGAUAAGGGCCAAACUUGGCGACACUGCAGCUGAAAAGUUUUUCCAGGAUGCUGUUUAUGUGGUAGCUUUGGGAAGCAAUGACUUCAUCAACAACUACUUGAUGCCAAUAAUUUACAACGAUGCUUCUACUUACAAUGACAAAACUUUUGUUCAGUAUUUGAUGCGUACAUUUCGAGAUCAACUUACGCUUCUGCACGGCUUAGGGGCAAGGAAAGUGAUGGUGUUUGGACUGGGACCAAUGGGUUGCAUCCCACUCCAAAGGGUUUUGAGUUCGUCUGGUGAAUGCCAGGACAGGACAAACAAAUUGGCCCAAAGCUUCAACCAACAAGCAGGCAAGCUUGUUGCAGAUUUGUCCAACAGCCUUCCAAAUGCGACCUAUCAUUUUGGAGAUGCUUAUGAUGUUGUCAACGAAGUCAUAAGUAAUCCAUCUAAAAAUGGGUUUUCGAACGCUGACUCGCCAUGCUGCUCAUUUGGGAAAAUCCGACCAGCUCUAACAUGUAUUCCGGUAUCAUCAUUGUGCAAGGACCGGAGCAAGUACGUGUUCUGGGAUGAGUACCACCCCUCAGACGCCGCUAAUGAGCUGAUCGCCAAUGAGCUCCUCAAAAAGCUCCCAUUCUUGACUCAAGCUUCAUCACCAGCCAUGCCACCAUCCUCAUCACGCUAGGAAUACAUUUUUGCACUUCUUCUCCUCUAAUUUUUUUUUUUUU